UGUAGUCUCCUUCUAAACAUUGCUACAGCUUCUGUUAAGCCUCCUAAUCUUGUCUUUGAAAGAGAACUCACUGUGAGACAGAUAAACACAAGGAAGAACUGGCUUUACGACUAUUAAGUCUUGUAAGUAUUUGAAUAUGUUCACGAAAAUGAUAACAAAGUGUUAGUUCACGCAUAGCAACCUAGUGCGGAAUAGUCGAGAUAUUUACUGGUAUUUUUGAAAUAUAAAUGGUGUUAGCAGCGUACCUGCAUCGACUUUGUUACCGUUUAGGAAGAAAACGUAUCUAAAGGGGACCAUUUGAACUUACUGCUCCGAAAUAGAGGCUGAACUAGGUUUCAAGGAUAAGACUGUUAAAGAUGAAAGAACAGAGACCACUUCUCGUGCGCAGCCACAGCAAUGGCUUUUCUGCCAGCACCACCAGUCCGACAAUAGACACAAGUGACUCGUUAACUGUAAUAACUGGGCCACGAAAAGGAAAGGUGCUGUCCUGGCUGACGGACAACUUACUGUUGAUCCUCACGAUAUUUGGUGUUCUACUCGGUAUCCUAAUUGGCUUCCUGGCUCGGUUCGCUGACUAUGGCGAGGACGCUAUCAUGCUGGUCUCGUUUCCCGGAGAUAUUCUGAUGAGGAUGUUGAAAAUGCUAAUCCUUCCGCUCAUCAUCUCGUCCAUGAUAUCGGGUCUCGCUCAACUGGAUCCAAAGUCCAGCGGGAAGAUGGGAUCGUAUGCCCUAUCAUACUACUUUGCCACAACCAUGUUAGCUGCUGUUGUUGGAAUUAUCCUAGUUUGUAGCAUACAUCCAGGGGACCCUUCAAUCAAAGAAGAAGUGGGAUCAGGCACUGAAGAUAAGAGCGUGUCAACACUAGAUGCCUUCCUGGACCUUAUCAGGAAUAUGUUCCCGGAAAAUCUUCUGCAGGCUUGUUUCCAGCAGGUGGAAACUGUUUACUUAGAAGAGAAGGCAAAACCAAGUUUCAUCCGGACAACAAUGAACACGAGUAACGAUACUUACUUCGACAAUUUCACACAGGUUGUGGACGUAAGGCAUCUUCAAUACAAAGAUGGAACAAACGUUUUGGGAUUGAUCAUUUUUUGUAUCGCUUUUGGAAUUAUAUGUGGACAAGUGGGACAAGAAGGAGAGAUCAUGGUGAAUUUUUUCAUAAUCCUCAACGAGAUUAUCAUGCGUAUCGUUGUGUUGGUCAUGUGGUACUCCCCCUUCGGCAUCAUGUCACUGAUUAUCGGCAAGAUUAUGUCCAUCAAAGAUCUAGCCCUCACUGCCCAACAGCUAGGAUUCUAUAUGUUGACAGUAAUCACUGGCCUCGUGAUCCAUGCAAUGAUCACUCUACCUCUCAUCUAUUUCAUCUUCACCAGGAAGAACCCGUUGACUUUCUUCAGAGGGAUGCUGCAAGCAUGGGUUACUGCUCUGGGCACUGCUUCAAGUGCUGCAACACUCCCUAUAACUUUCCGUUGCUUGGAGGAGAACAACAAUAUCGAUAAGCGCGUGACUCGCUUCAUUCUGCCGAUAGGGGCUACCGUGAACAUGGAUGGUACUGCCCUCUAUGAGGCUGUUGCAGCACUUUUUAUUGCACAAAUGAACGGAAUAAGUCUCAGUGUUGGACAGAUUAUCGCUGUGAGCUUGACAGCCACAGCAGCUAGUAUAGGAGCCGCUAGUGUCCCCAGUGCUGGGCUGGUUACCAUGUUGUUGGUGCUGUCUGCGGUUGGACUUCCAACAAAUGACAUCUCUAUGAUUGUUGCUGUUGACUGGUUACUUGAUCGAAUUCGAACCUCUAUAAACGUACUGGGUGAUGCUUUUGGAGCAGGGAUCGUCGAUCACUUGUGUAAAAAAGAACUAGAGAAGAUAGACGCUGAACAUGCUCGAUUAGAAAUGGAAAUAGCCGAAGCAGGCUACUUGCGUAAACCGUCACUGGCCGCUAGAGGGAGUCUUAGCGUUAACCCCAGUGUUGAUAAGACAAACAGUACCAAACACAACGUUGCAGGAAGUACUGGUGGUUAUGACGUAAACAGCGAAACUCAGAUUUAGAAUAAAAACUUUGUUCUAAUUGGUCAGACGUCCAUAUUAUCAAAAACUGUCCAGAUGUUUCAGUCUUUAAGGGCAGACGUCUACUUGGUUGUAAUAAGGUGUUACAUUAAUUAACCACGAAAGACUUGGAGUUUCUGGCACAAAAUAUAAUAAGCGCUUUUUUAUCUAAUAUUUUAUGUGAAUUAAUUCAUUAACCUCACUUUUUGUUUUAUCGAAGAGAAAAAAUGUCAAUUAAUCACAAACUACCUUCUACGACUAUAUGUUUCUUGUUGCUUUGGUUUGAAAAGUAACCUUUAAACAAUUAAAUUCUAAACACAAGUUUUCAAAGUCAUAUUAUAAGAAGCAGAGAAAUUAAAAUGAUGUAUUGUUUCUUUAAGCUGUGCUGUUUCAAAUAUCAAUAAUGUUUUGGAGAAUAAGCUUUUUUGAAAAACAACAUUGCGUUAUCUGUUUAAAAAUAAUCACCUGAAGCAUCCGUACGAGAGAAAUAAUUAAUUAUUUAAACUGUAUACAGAUUUAUAUAAUAUUUUUUCAGCAUUUUUGCGAAAAUAUAUUACUAAUUCAUUGUCGACUCAUAAUAUUUAAAUACAUUUACCUUUGAGAAGUAACUUUAUUAUUAAAACAUGCCCAGUUCUGCAUGGCAAUCCUUAGGUGUUGUUGGUUUUUUUUUUAAUUUUCAUUAAGAAAAGAGAAAGAAAGACAAAAUUCUAAUUGUUGUUUCCAUAAAGUUGGUUUGGGGAAAAAACACUUUCGAAUAUAUGGGGAAUUUUUACACAACUGGCUUUGGAACCUUUAAUGAGAAUGAUUUUUGAACAGAUGAUACAGGUACAUUCUACUGUAUGUUAGUGUAAUCAUGAUCAUUAUUGUAGCAUUUUCUGUGUAACAUGUGCAAUGGCGAUUUCAUUUUUCCUUACCCUAAAAUAUGGGUGAAAGUAUGUGCAAGAUAGGAUAUUGUGUUCUUUAUCUAAAUUAACAUUUGUGUUUGUUUUUUGUUGUUGUUUUUUGCUUUGUUUUUACGUAGUGCAAUUAUCUGAUUAAAUGCUGUGUUUAGUCCGACUGACUAAUCUGCUUACAGAUUAGAAGGCUACAGUGACAAAGAAGGCUUGUCUUUUCCCUCAGAGUUUUAUUUAUCUAUUAUAUACGUAUUCUGGCUUCACAAAUAAAGCCUCAGCUUUUCGUACUAUAAACGUUCCAAGCUCAUUACAAAGUCAGUUGUAAAGCCUGAAGCUAUGGGCUUUUAUGAGCCUUGAUAUUACACGUUUACCCUGCUUAUUAGUUCAGAACGUAGGUUGUUUUGCACAAAUGUGUUAUUUCCAAUUUCACAUACACUCUCCCCAAGUAAGAGUUAUACACAAAAAUGAAUUUACUUCUCUCGGUUUCUUUUUAAUAAAGCUCUUAGCAGACAGUGCUCAAUAAGUGGUUUACUAUACGCGUUAAAGAUUGUGUAAUACCCAACCCCAUGAGAAGGUAGAAGACUAAAUGUUAGAAUAUUCUACUUCGCGCCAAAUCAAGUAGCACAUUUAAUUCACAGCUAACAAUCAAAAUCCUAUAAAAUCAAUAGACUACAAACAUUUUUUUACACAUUUUCCCAUAAGUGGAAAUAAUUGCUGGUAGUAUCCCCUGGUGACUCAGAUGUAAGGUUGGGGGCUUAGAACGAUAAAAUUCGGGGCUCGAACCCUCUGGUUGGCACAGCACAGAUAGUUCAGUAUGUUGUUUUGCGCUUAACAACAAGCAAACAAAUUUUAUAGUUUAAAGCAAAUUAAGUUUUGAAACAACUGCGGCUCAACUCAUUAUUGGGAACAAAAUCUUAUGUUCUCGGUAUCUUAGUUUGGAAAGCAGAAAAAGAGAGAGAGACAGUGGUAGCUCUAUUUGAGGAGAGAGAGACAGUGGUAGCUCUAUUUGAGGAUAUUUUCCAAAAAGUACACAAAUAUUCUCUAAUUCCACGAAGCAGUGGCUCUCUUUCCACGUUGUAAUCUUUUCCAUCUGAGAAAUAUUUCUACAAGAGCUUUUGACGAAAGGAAGAAAGUCGAAUAAUAUAAGUAAGAUAUAUAGAUAACUCGGAACUCGACCUCAACAGUCAUUGGUUGAUACAUCUUUUGAGAUAUGCAGCUAUAAGUAAUUUGUUGUUUUUCAAUGUUUUUCUUUUCUAAAAAUCCGAAAAUUAUUGAGAGGUACUUUUUUUUAUACUACCUUCAAUUUCUCACCAUAUAUUAAAACUUUGUUGUUAUCUUGGAUGUGUAAUUACAGAAUGAUUAACCAAAAAUAAAAUAAUAUGAUAUCUA